GGUGUCAUUGCGUGCGGUCUGUUUCUAGGUGUCUAGCAACAGCUAUAAGCCCAGACAGCCGGCGGCAACGGGAGCGGUGUUUCUUGGUGUGUCUUUGGUGUGAUUGUUCGUUGCCGGUUGUUCAUAAGUAAUAGUGGUUUAGCUGAAAAAACGGUGAAACAACAACCCUGACCCCUGCACAGAGAUAUGAGCGGCAGCGGGCGGCCCAGGACCAGCUCGUUUGCUGAGCCGCCAGGUGUUCCAGGAGCCGCUGCUGCGUCCGCCGGAUCAGCCGCUGCCGUGGGGAGCAGCACAGGAAAGACCGGGGUCUCGCAGGCCUCCGGUAGCAGCUCGUCAGGAUGCUCCAACCUUAAGCUUGCCAGAGACAGCGGGAAGGUGACAACAGUCGUGGCCACACCGGGUCAGGGACCAGACCGCCCACAGGAAGUCUCCUACACUGACAUCAAGGUCAUUGGGAAUGGGUCGUUUGGUGUGGUGUACCAAGCUCGCCUCAUCGACACACAGGAGAUGGUGGCCAUCAAAAAGGUUCUGCAGGAUAAGAGGUUCAAGAAUCGGGAACUACAGAUCAUGAGGAAGUUGGACCACUGCAACAUUGUCCGAUUACGUUAUUUCUUCUACUCUAGUGGCGAGAAGAAGGAUGAAGUGUACCUCAACCUCGUGCUGGACUUUGUCCCCGAGACGGUCUACAGGGUUGCCAGGCAUUUUAACAAGGCCAAGAGCAUUAUUCCUAUCAUAUAUGUGAAGGUGUACAUGUACCAGUUGUUUCGCAGUCUGGCUUAUAUCCAUUCCCAAGGUGUGUGUCACAGAGACAUCAAGCCCCAAAACCUGCUCGUCGACCCAGAAACUGCCGUCCUAAAGCUGUGUGACUUUGGCAGCGCAAAGCAGCUUAUCCGGGGUGAACCAAAUGUGUCGUAUAUCUGCUCACGGUACUACCGCGCCCCAGAGCUGAUUUUUGGCGCCACAGACUACACAGCAAACAUCGACAUCUGGUCAGCUGGCUGCGUACUGGCAGAGCUGCUGCUCGGACAGCCCAUAUUCCCCGGCGACAGUGGAGUGGAUCAGCUAGUGGAGAUUAUCAAAGUGUUAGGAACACCAACAAGGGAACAAAUUCGAGAGAUGAAUCCAAACUACACAGAAUUCAAGUUCCCUCAGAUCAAAGCGCAUCCUUGGACCAAGGUGUUUAAACCUCGCACCCCUCCAGAGGCCAUUGCACUUUGCUCUCGGCUGCUGGAGUACACGCCAGCCUCACGCCUCUCCCCGCUAGAGGCCUGUGCACAUGCCUUCUUCGACGAACUGCGCCAGCCAAACACGAGGCUGCCCAGUGGACGAGAACUGCCGAUGCUCUUCAACUUUAGCACCACAGAGCUGUCGAUCCAGCCUCAGCUGAACUCAAUCCUCAUUCCUCCUCACGCUCGCUCUCACACAGCUGCUUCUGCACACGAUGGUACCGGUUCAGAUUCAUCUCAACACAGUUCAGUACCAGGAUCUCUCAACAGCAUCUGAAGCAGCUUCUCACCCAUCUGCCUGCAAAGCAUCACCACGUUUUCUCAGACACACACACACUCUGUGUCCACAGCUGUCCACCAUGCUGCUUUGCUAUCUUCUUCCAUGGUCUGUUUCUGUACAGUAAAUCCACUGAGCAAACCCUUCGUUGUUUAGGUGUCAGGGUCGAAACUACGACAGGAGAUUGUUACACACACCGAAUCGUCCCGCUGCUGCUCGGGUGGUUUUAGAAGGUUCAAUAGUCGGGGCUGGUCCUCUGUAUUAUAAGCUUUUGUUAACCAUUUUUUUUUUCCUUUUUGUUUUCUUUGUUUUUAUUUAUUUGGCUAGGUAAAAUCAUUAUAUACCUGUUUCCCCCCCCUCACUUUUAAGAUUAUUUUUUUAUUCAGUGUUUUUAAAUGAGUGCACGCUGCCUGAACAAGACUAGAACUGGGCCCCUCAUCACAGGUCAUCACAGUAGGACUUUAAUUUAACUCAGGAUGGGAGAACAGUUGCAGGGACAUUGACAUUAUUUUAGUCCAGUCCUCUACCUAAGUUACAAAUCAAACCUUCAGCUGUUGUUGUUUUAGCUGCAGAUGGAAGAAAAAAACAGGCCAGUGCCAGAUAAAUGUCAGUUUGCCUCGUGUUGGAAACGAGCAUCCUUACAGGUGUGUCUGCUAAAGGAACUAAACGCUUCUCUGACUAAACUAUAUAUACCCAACAAGGAAGGAGUCUUAAUUUUUUUGAGGCUUGAGACCCUUUCUCAGUUUUUAACCAUGUUUUUACUUUUAAAAUUAGGUCCCACAUUGUCGGCCACAGAGGCCGUAGGAAAGGGCACUUAAGUGCAACUCGAAAAGAAGGCAUCACUUUUCAGGAAAUAGUUUUAGACCUAUUAGGGUUGGGGGAAAGAAAUGGCCUCCUCAGAAAUGUUUCUAGAUGGCUGGACAGAAGCGUGGCUGCUCGUUCUCCUUCUUCACAGGUAAUUUGGCUGCGUUCGCCUGAUCAUGAAAUGUCAGGAAAAGGUUCAGACAGUACUUUUAGUCUUAGAUCAGUGUUGUGAAAGAAGAUUGCAAAAGUUCCCCAUAAUGUGCAAGUGGAGGUGGAGACUUUAUAUAAAAAAAAAAAAAAAGUAUUUUCUUU